GAAAACUCCAAGUCUAGCCCACUGGUGAGAAGAAGCCUGAAGUCAUGAUUGCUUCACAGAUUCUCUCCACUCUCACUUUUGUGCUCCUCCUUAGAGAGAGUGCAGCCUGGACUUACGGUGUGUCCACAAGCAACAUGACUUAUGACGAGGCCAGUGCUUACUGUCAGCAGAGGUACACACAUCUGGUCGCAAUUCAAAACAAGGAGGAGAUCGAGUACCUGAACGCCACGUUGAGCUAUUCUCCAAGUUACUACUGGAUCGGAAUCAGAAAGGUCAAUGGCGUGUGGGUCUGGGUGGGGACCCAGAAGCCCCUGACCAAAGAAGCCGAGAACUGGGCUCCAGGAGAACCAAACAACAAGCAGAACAACGAGGACUGCGUGGAGAUCUACAUCAAGAGACCAGAAGGUUCCGGCAUGUGGAACGAUGAGAGAUGCAGCAAGAGGAAGCUUGCGCUGUGCUACACAGCUGCCUGCAACCAGGCCUCCUGCAGUGGCCAUGGCGAGUGUAUAGAGACCAUCAACAACUACACCUGCAGGUGUCAGCCCGGCUUCCGUGGACUCGAGUGUGAGCAAGUUGUGACCUGUGAAGCACAGAAGGACCCUGAGCAUGGAAGGCUGGAUUGCACUGCACCCUUUGGGACCUUCAGCUACAGUUCCUCCUGCUCCGUCAGCUGCGAUGAGGGCUACCUGCCAAGCAGCACGGAGACCAGCCAGUGUACAUUCUCUGGGGAAUGGAGUGCUCCUCCUCCCACCUGCAAAGUGGUUGAGUGUGAUGCUUUGGCACACCCACCCCACGGCACUGUGGACUGUGGCCCGAACUCUGGAAGUGUCCCCUGGAACACCACGUGUGCCUUUGACUGUGAGGAAGGAUUUGAGCGCGUGGGAGCGCAGAACCUGAAGUGCACCUCCACCGGGAGCUGGGAUGAUGAGAAGCUGCGGUGCAAAGCUGUGACGUGUGAAGCCAUCCCCAUGCUGCAGAACGGCUCUGUGCACUGUGUCCACUCCAAGGCUGGAGAGCUCACCUUCAAGUCGUCCUGCAAAUUCACCUGUGACGGGGGCUUCAGGCUGCUGGGGCCAGCCCAGGUCGAAUGCACAGCACAAGGCCAGUGGUCACAGCAAAUUCCAGUGUGUGCAGCUUUCCAGUGUGCAGCCUUAUCCAGCCCGGAGCGAGGCCAUGUGAAUUGUCUUCCUAGUGCUUCUGGAGGCUUCCAAAAUGGAUCCAGCUGUAGGUUCUCCUGUGAGCCAGGAUUUGCUUUGAAGGGAUCUGAAAGGCUCGAGUGUGGCCCCACUGGGGAGUGGGACAGUGAGAAGCCCGCGUGUGAAGCUGUGCAGUGUGCUGCUCUCUCUGCGCCCCGGAACGGCUCUGUGAGGUGCACUCCUUCCCCCACUGGGAAGUUCCCCUACAAGUCCUCUUGCACCUUCCACUGUGAGGACGGCUUUGACCUACACGGAUCAGCUCAGCUGGAGUGCACAUCUCAGGGACAGUGGACACACGAGGUCCCCUCCUGCCAAGUGGUGCAGUGCUCAAGCCUGGCAGCUCCAGGAAAGGUCAACGUGAGCUGCAGUGGAGAGCCUGUGGCUGGCACUGUGUGUGAGUUUGCGUGUCCCGAAGGCUGGACGCUCAAUGGCUCUGCGGCUCUGACGUGUGGUGCCACAGGACACUGGUCUGGGACGCUGCCUACCUGUGAAGCUCUGCCCGAGUCCAACAUUCCCUUGGCAGCUGGACUUUCUGCUGCAGGAACCUCUCUCCUGACAGUGACAUCAGUUCUCCUCUGGCUUCGGAAGAAAGCAAGGAAAUUUGUCCCUGCUAGCAGCUGCCAAAGCCUGGAAUCCUAUGGAAACUACCAGAUGCCUUCAGACUCCAUCUAAGCUCAAAGGACUCUGGUGAGACUUGAACCCUGGUGCAUCCUGGGAACUAGAGUGACUCACUGAAGACAGCAGAGCUGUCCUGGGCCCCUGGCCUUCCUGGACAUUGUACCUGUGCCUUGACAGCUGGGACCACGACUUCAGUGGAUGAGAGUUCAGAGCCAAGGACAGCCUUCCACUAAAAGACACAACGCAGAAGAAAGCCUUCUGUUUCCUAUUCCCAGGAUAGAAAGUGCUGGCCACUGAGGAGAGAGGAUCGUCUUCAAAGCAAGUUGAAGAGACCAAAGCUCCGAACUCUCAGAAUUCCUCUCCUAACUCUCCCUGGAGGCUCUGAAUCUCAGUGGAGAAACAAUGUUUCCUGGCUGUUUCUCUUUAGCCCCCCACAGUGUUGCAACUGCUAGUUACAGAAUUGCCUUCAGAGGGGUACAUAAUAAUUAUCAGCAGUGUACAGGAAACCAAUUAGCCAUAGAUAUUUUACUUCCAACUU